AUUUAUAAUAAAUAAUAAAAACAAAAAAUAAAACAAUACAUUUAGUAAAAAAGAUCAAUAAAAAUGAAUAAAAUUUCACUUGUUUUGAUUGCUCUUGCUUUGAUUUCUUAAAUUAAAUGUUAAAAUGAGGAGGUCGAAUCAGAUUUUUAGGCUUACAAUAAAUGGAGAAGCAAAAAUAAAAGAGUCUUUUUAAACUAAGAAGAGGAAACUUAUAGAUAACUUAUUUUCUUUGAAAAUCUUAACUAAAUCAAGGCUCACUAAAAUAACACUGAGGCUACUUAUACUGUGUCUUUAAAUAAGUUUUCUGACUAUUCUGAUGAAGAAUUCGAACAAAUAAUUUUGAAUAAGCAUAUUUAAAGAUUUUAACCUGAUAUUUAAGAAGAGUAAUAACCAAAGGAAAAUCUCAGAAAGGCUGUCAGUUACCCUGACUCAGUAGAUUGGAGAAAUACUGGUGCUUUAAGUCCUGUUUAGGAUUAAGGCUGGUGCGGUUCUUGCUCUGCUUUUGGUACAGCUGGAGUACUUGAGUCUUUUCACUAUCUUAGGUACAAUUACAUGGUUAAAUUUUCUGAACAGUAACUUCUUGAUUGUGCUAGAUAAGCAGGUUUUGAUACUCAUGGAUGUAAUGGUGCAUUUUAGUAAGAUUAUUUUAAGUAUGCUAUUAAGUAUGGUAUAGUUUCAGCAGCUUCUUAUCCUUAUGUAGGAUAUUAAACAGCAUGUAAAAAUACUUCUAACUUACCUAAGUACUUCCCACAGUCUUUCAAGUUUAUUAGGAGUAAUAUACCUGAUAUUAAAAGUGCUAUUUCUCAAGGACCUAUUUCAGUAACUGUCGAUGCAUCUAAUUGGAGAAGUUAUUAAGGAGGUAUUUUCAAUAGAUGCUCUAGAAAUCCUUAACUUAAUCAUGCUGUUAUUGCUGUUGGUUAUGAUGCUCAAGGUAACUAUAUCAUUAAAAAUUCUUGGGGACCAUACUGGGGUGAUAAAGGCUACAUAACAGUUUCAGCAUAAAAUGAUUGUGGAGUCUUAAGAAGUGCUAUUUAAGUUGUAUCUUGA